AUAAACAAAAAAAAAAAGAAGAACAAAGAUGAAGAAGUUCAUGUAAAUACGUAAAUCAGGAGUUAAAUAUGUCGAAAAUAAGACAAAUCAUUAAAACAUCAUAUUGCCGUUACUACAGUGCUCAACAAUCAAAGAAGAAACUGCCAAUAAUAUCAUGUAAACGGCCAGAAUUCAAUCACUACGAGGGCCAAACGUACAGUAAGUUCGAAGGGGUAAAACUUGCUUCCAAGGGUUGGUUACACAACAAAUCCAAAGGGGAUUACUUUGUUAUUUACGGGGAUGCCAGUAAAAAAACUGAAAAAGAUGUUUACAAGAAAAGUUUCGAAGAAAUCGGUGUUGAAAAAGAGUUGAUUGAGGUUAUGUCUAAUAAUGGGAUUUCCUUACCCACUAAAAUACAAGCCAAAGCGAUACCAGCUAUAUUAAAGGGUUAUAAUACCGUAUUGACAGCCGAGACUGGUUGCGGCAAGACGUUGGCGUAUUUGCUCCCCAUUUUUCAGCACAUACGGCUAUGGAAGCAAAAUGUGCCUGAAGAUUUCAAUAGCCCAUUGGCUGUUGUUAUAACUCCAAGCAGAGAACUAGCCACACAAAUUGGAGAAAUAGCGCAGAACAUAGCCCAAGAACUGAACCUGAAUGUGACAACCCUUGUUGGCGGGAAAACCAAGCAGAAGAUGUUAAACCCGCCCAUAGAAUACUGUGACAUGCUUGUGACUACCAUCGGAGCUUAUAGCAAACUGGUUACAACUGGUAUUUACAAGAUCAACAAUGUCCACCAUGUAGUUCUGGACGAAGCUGACACGCUCUUGGAUGACAGCUUCAUAGACAAGCUGGCCAAUUUGUUGAAGAAAUUUCCUCUUCAGUACAAAGUGGAUAUCCAGAGAGUGCCUCAAGGCUGUCAGCUGUCGCUGGUGAGCGCGACGAUGCCGCACGAGUUGCCGGACGCCGUCAGCUCCUUCGUGGACCCCGGCUCCUUGAAGACCGUCACCACUUCCAACCUUCACAGGAUCUUACCGCAUGUGCCUCAAAAAUUCCUACGUAUCGGUAAAGCUCAGAAACCCGUUGAACUGCUGAGACUAGCCCAAGCCAAUGUGAACCUUAAUCAACCAGUAAUGAUAUUCUCAAACAAGACUGCCACCAGCAACUUUGUGUCAAUGUUCCUGAACGAAAAUAAUAUCGAAUGCAUCAACAUUAAUGGGCAGAUGCCUGUACUGCAGAAACUGGGGAGAUUUGAGCAGUUCAAAAGUGGGAGAAUCAAUGUUGUGUCGUGUACGGAUAUCGCUUCAAGAGGACUAGAUACACUUAGAACACAACAUAUAAUAAAUUAUGAUUUUCCUCUGUACACUGCGGACUACAUUCACCGUUGUGGGCGUACGGGCCGGCUGGGCUCCCCCCCGAACUGUUCCGUCACCAACUUCAUCGCUUGGCCGCGGGAGGUGGAACUUGUGCAACGGAUAGAAACCUCUGUGAGGAAACAAUUGGAGCUGCCGAGCGUCAACGCGAACAUAAAGAGAAUUAUCGAAGAAAGGAUCGCUAAGUCCGUCGAGAGAGCUUUAGUUGGAUAGAUAAUAUAUUGUGUAGAUUGUUA